AUGCAGCCUCUCGAGCUGACACUCGUCGUCGCUGCCACGCGCAGCAUGGGCAUCGGCGCCGGCGGCACCAUGCCGUGGAAGGGCCUGCGCAAAGAGAUGCAGUACUUUGCGCGCGUCACCACCAGAAUCCCUUCACACAGCCCCCCGGGCGCGGUCAACGCCGUCAUCAUGGGCCGCAAGACCUGGGACUCGAUCCCGCCCAAGUUCCGGCCGCUCAAGGACCGCCUCAACAUUGUCAUCAGCCGCUCCGCCACCGCGCCGCCGCCCUCGCCGCCGCCGAGCCUCCAGGAGCCCGUGCGCGUGUCGUCGGUGGACAAGGCGCUGCAGUACGCGCGCGAGCACUGCGGCGGCGGCGGCCGGGUGUUUGUCAUGGGCGGCGGGCAAAUCUACGCGGCGGCGCUGCAACGGCCCGAGGCGCGCCGGGUGCUCCUCACGAGCAUCGAUGCCGACUAUGAAUGCGACACCUUCUUUCCUAUCAAGCUGGGCACGGACGAGGGCACUGAGCCCGGGUGGACGAGGCGGCCGGACGAGGAGUGGAAGGUGUGGACGGGCGAGGAGGAUGCAGAGAAUGGACAGAGGGAGGAAGCGGGCGUCAAGUACGAGUUUCAAAUGUGGGAGCGGGAGUAG